AUGAUUGCUUGUGGGUUAGAAAUGAUGUAUCAGCAGGGGAGGAAGGAAGGAGUGGAAUCGAGAGGAAGUAAUAUGGAGACGUACAAGGAUAUCUUGGAGACAAGUGGCUACUUCAAAGGCCUGUUGCCUGGUUCUAUCGAGUACAAGCGGUUAAUGGAGUUUGCAGAGGAGUAUUACAGGAAGAGCUCUUUGGCCCUGAGAACUAGUGAGACGACUAGUGCCCCGGUGAGUCGGAUUGAUAAGAUCCUUGCUAUGCCUCAUUCAGCAGACAACUUUAAGCAACAUAAAGUUCCUCCUUCGGAUGAUGAUUCCUUGCUCUAUGGUGGUGAAAGUGAGUUGAACGAUGCUCUUCAAGUGAGGCAAAAGGAGAUUGAUCAGUAUAAUGCUCAACUUCGAAAGGAGUCGAAAGAGCCAGAGGGCAGUGGUCCUUCGUUGUCCAGCGCGAAUGCAUUUGUAGAGAAGGUGUCCAGUUUCGAGGGAGCUGAAGUUCCGAAAAACAGGAAGUUGGGAGAAGGAGAAGUGGAUCUCGACGUUGACCGGUUUAUAAAAGGCAUGGAAUCAGUAAUGAAGCGUUAUGUCCCGGAGUCCAGGGAUGGUGAUACUGAAAGUGAAGAACAAGCAUCUUCAUCUGAUAUGGAGUUUGACGAGUCGGAUAACGAAGGUGACAUCAUGGCACCUGAUGGGGAUAAUGAGGAUGGUGAAGACGGCUUCUCGCAGUCCUACUCUGCUGCCCUGAAUCGGGAGCUGAAGAGCACAUUUGUUGGCAGAAGCUUUUUUUAUGACGGUGAUUAA